CACAAAGUCGUCUGGCGGGUCAAUCGAUAGAAAAGUUAUAUAAAUUAAUCCAAGAGGCAAGGUGUAUUAUUGUUAUGGAUAAUGACCUAACUGAUCUAAAUAUCGAAUGGAUUAAAGCUCUUCGAAAAGAUAAACCAUUCUCUAUUAUUCAUAAUACUUAUCAACCUCAAAAAGGUAAGUCAUUUCACUUAGCUCCUAAUAAAGAAACUGUGUUAGCUGAACUUUGGGAUUGGGCUAAAAAAAUGUCUUUAUUACCUUUUGAGAAUCGGAAAAGUGCAUUACUUAUCUGUCAUCUUAGAAAGGAUGUGCAAGGGAUUGUUCGUACUCUCAAGACUGAUUUUCCAGAAUUGAGGAUCAAGGAAUAUCAUAGUAAAUCUGAUCCAGUAGAAAAGGUUUAUGACUUCAGUAACAUAGAAGAAUCAUGGAGUGAUGUAGACCUUGUUGCAUAUACUAGCAUUCUUAAAAUAGGAGUAUCGUGUACUAAUCCAAAGUUUGAGCGAGAAUUCUGCCUCUUCAAUAGCUAUAUAGAAACAAAUGCUGAAACGAAUCAGAUGUUAUUCUGUAUGCGGUGCAUUAAAGAUUAUAUAUGCCAUAUCGAACAAAGAUCAUCUAACGUCCCCAUUACAGAAAAGGGGUUAUUUCAGUGGUUAUUAAAUGCUAAACGUGAAUGUCUUCCACGAAAACUUCAGAAUAGAGGAAUAUUUCCAGAUAUUGAUUCUAUUAUCUGGAAUAAGAAUGUACCAACUAUUCGAUUAUGGGUAGUAUUCAUGUUAGAGAAAUUUUGUUCUCAAAGAUUAUUUGGUUGGAGAAUGGUUGAUUUUCUCAAAAAGGCAGGUAUGAUAAUUUCCAUCAUAGAACCCAUUCCUAAGUCUGAAAAAAACGUUGUAUCAUUAUCUCAAGUCGUGAAGGAAAAUUCCUCUAUUGUUAAA